GGCUCUGAAUGCACUAAGGGGCUCUAAAUGAUUUUUUUUUUUAACUUAGGCUUAACUCUGUUUCUCGCGGGGUGGCUGUUCCAUUUAUACUUUUAAAUUAAGAUGCUUGCAAACUAACGGUCAGUAAGGGAAUGGUAGGAGAAUAAAGCAGUCGGUGCUUUCCACCCAGAGACCAGUGCCUUCUUACUAGCGUAACACGAAGCUUGGAGAAAGGAAUCGAUUGGAAGAAGGAUAACAUGAAUUAGGGGAUAUUUAAAACGCAGCUUGCUCUGGACUGCGCAGCUUGUUCAUAUUCUAGUAACGGGUAAGGAAUUUCCAAGAAAGGAGCAAGAAAAUGGCAGGGGGUGACUGUUGCACUGCUCCAGCGGUAGGAAAGGGUCUUCGUGGAAAGUGGGCUCCUGCUUUUUAAUGAGGGAUUCUAGGUGUGGGGAAAGCAGGGGGUUGAUCCCAUGAGUUCUGAAAAGCCUGGCCCGGCCAGCUCCACUCUGUUUACCCUGAAAUUCCUAACCUCUGGCUGCACUUUCCUCAACACAAAUAGCAGCUGAGUCCAAAAGGUUCCUCCUUGGAAGGCGCUUUAAAAAUAACUAGCGUGUUCUCUCCCAGCGUGGGACCAAAGAGGAGCCUUCUCAGGCAGAGCAGGGCUGGUGACUGCUGUCGGGCUGUGGAUUUACCAUCGCUCCCCUCACCCAGCGCCCCCGACCCCACGCUGGGGUUGUGUUAAAGCAAAGAGGAGUCAUUUCCUUUAGGCUGGGGAAGGUCAGGAUCACAACAGGGCCAUAGUCCCAACCCCUUCCAGCCAGGAAAGAGACCAGGAACCUCAGCUGAUGACUGGAAAGGCCUCCACAAGAUGUGGUUAGAGCCAAAGGCCAAUGAGCCAUCACCCUCCUGUUGUCUGUAGUCCCCUCUUAGCCACUGCUGCAUGUGUGACCUCCAGAGAGCCCCUGCCUGGCAUUAUUACUGGGGAGAUCAGGACUGUCCCACCCUAAGGAGCUUGCAAUUUACAUGGAUGAGAGAGGCUAAUUAUCCCCACUUCUGGCCCAGAGAGAUGCAGUGACUUGCCCAUGGUAUCACAGGGAGUCAGUGGCACAGCUGUGAAAUGAACCCAGGUGUCCUGAGUCCUAGAACAGUGCCUUACUCACACAAGUGUGCCCUUCCCCUACAGCACAAUCCCACCCCAGUGCCUCAGUUAGCCCAGGAGAGCAAACUGGGAGAUCACUAAACACCACCGUGCUUUGAAUGUUCCUGAGUAUUUACAUUUUCCCCAAAAGAAAGGAUGGAAUAUGCCCCCACUGAUAGUUUGAUUUCUAGCCAUUGUCUUUGUGGGGGUGGGAGUCUGUCCAGAAAUCCCUCUGCUUGCUUCUGGGGGUAAAUGUGUACAUAAAGUAGAACCUAAAUGUUAUGAACACCCCAGGAAUGGAGGUUGUUCGUAAUGCUAAACAAAACAUGACAGUGGUUCUUUCAAAACUUUACAACUGAAUGUUGCCUUAAUACAGCUCUGAAACUUUACUAUGCAGAAGAACAGAGGGUUAAAAGCAGCAUUUAAUUUAAAUGGACCAAGCCCAGAAACAGUUUCCUUGUCAAAUCUUUUUGUAAACUUUCCCUUUAUUUGUUAGUAGUUUACAUUUAGCACAGUACUGUACUGCACAGUAUUUGCUGGUGUGCUGUCUCUGCUGCCUGACUCCAUACGUCUGGUUCCCCCUGAGGUGUGUGGCUGACCAGUCAGUGUGUAACUCUGGAGUUUCUAAUGCUGAGGUUCCACUGUAGAUGCUAUUGCUUAAGAAAGCCAUAACCUAGCUGAGCCUCGGUGUUGGGAGCGAUUGCACUCCAUGGGUGUGUUAAGCACGCCAGACACCGUUGCCAUGGACUGGAGGGCUAGCUUGGCUUUCCUUAUGAUAAAGGCAGGAUAGAAGUAACAGGGCAGAGGAGAGGCCCUUGUUCGCAGUCACGUCGUAUUUCCUGCCUUGUAUCUAAUGUGUAACUGUGUGAUAAGGGGACUAAGGGGUGGGAGUUCGGGUGCCUUUCCAUAGCUAGUAGUGUAUUAGCGCAUACACAGCAUACCUGCCAAGAGAUAAACCUGGAUCUUACUUAAUGAGCUGUGUUGCUUUGGCCACUUUUACUGACAAUCUGUGUAUUAUUAUUGGCAUUUUGUUUUCAAGAUUGUCCGAUCUGAUGACUGGAAAAUAUUGUUUUUAACAAAAGAUUGAUGACUCAGACCCCCCAGCCCACGCUUCUGUCGGGUUCCUGAGGGUGGGGACGGCUCGCUAAGCUAGCCCCAGGGGGAACCAGGACUGCAGAGCCAGCUCCCCACCCCUGUUGCCUGUGACAGCUGUGGGGCACUGGGAAAUGUGGCCAGAAGUGUUGGCCUAGGAGGUCUUGAGCACUUUUGGAUCCCGGCAGCCUGGACUCUGUAGUCUGACUGACUAUACCCCCAUAGGCUCCCUUGGGGCGAGAUCCACCCUGCUGCCAAGAAGCCAGCACAAGGCCCGGGUACUACUUAACUCCCUCCUUUUCAGCCCAAAGGCUGAAAGCAGGAUGUAAGUGGAACCUAGGCCUUGUGGGCAUGGCAUCUCACUCCACCCACGCCACUUUCAGUGAUCUCUGCUGUGUCCAGACCAACACAGACACCAGAACCAGGCUCGAACUACCUUCCUCCCAAACACAUGCUAGUGGGUUCCUUCCCCUUUCUCUCUGCCUGGGAGACACACAAGCAGCCCUGCUGGGACAUUCAUUGGGUCCGAUUCUCUGCUGCCCUGGCUUCAAAUGGAUGUAAAACGCUAUUCAGUGAAGCCAGUAACAAUUCAUUCCCACUUUGCAUUGGUACAAAUAACUGCAAGGGGCAGGGGUAAUGGGGCCCACUCUCUUUAAACUUGUCCUCAGCAGCAAGUGGACAAGUAGGAGUUAGCAGGUGUGUGUGUGUCAGCUUCCCUUUGCAGGGGCUUUCUUUAGCCAAAACCAUUGACAUUUGGAGCAGACGGGAUGGCGUUUGGAGCAGGGGCAGUACCUGCAGCUAAGCGAGGAAGCAGCUCUCUUUUCCCACUCUGGUUUGUCAGGGCUGUUUCAAAAGCAUUGCCCUUAGAUGCGGGGGGAUUUUUUUAUUCCCAUUAACGCCAAAUGCCUCUUUACCCAGAGUCCUGCAGAGCUGGGGAGGGUGCCUUGUUCUCCAAGCUUGCCUUGCCCAGAGCAAUGCUCAGAUCCAGUAACCCUGGGUUCACUUUGUUACCUUGUCUCAGAGUCACUGUGCUGCUGCUUUUUCUUUCUAUUUUGGGUUUGUCUGAAUAAAAUUAAUCUGUGAGCGAGUGGAGUCCUGGGUGGUGUCUUUCUUCGGACCUCUGGCAGAUGAGAUCUCGGACCGCAGGGCUCCGCGCUGUAGGUGGAAGUGAAACAUAAGGGUCCUGGCUCCUGUCUGUAGCCCCUCCAGUCUCCCAGGCCAUGUGUCAGCUCCCACUGGCCAGAGAACAGACACACGGUACUGCUGCUCUCCCUGCAUGGCUCCAUUCUGCUGGGUGCUGCACCCCACUCCUGCUGCUGGACAGCGGCUGCCCUGGGCAGCUCCCUCUCCCAAGAUGCAUUUCCGUGGUACAGGUGGGGAAUUGGGCACUCCACCUCCUGGUCCCCCAGUGAGUCAGUGCCAGCGCCAGAACUGAACCCAGUUCUCCUGAGGCCCAGACAAGUCCAUCCCUUCAUCAUAAAAAUCUCCAGGCCUUCCAAAGGCAGCAGGCUAGGAAGCAGGCCCCCUUGAGGCCGGGUAUCUACCCAGCUUCCUGCUGCAGGGAAUGGGGCUUCCAAGGUGUGACGCAGUAGGGAGUGGGGCGGACUGACCUGGGAAUGUCACGGUCUGCAUGGGGGAUGAGAGAGCAGGGGAUGACUCCACUUCAAUGAGGAUACCUGAGCUGGGAGGGGGUUGGACCCAGGUGACACCUUUGCCCAGGAAACUGGUGGGGGGAGGAGCCGGGGGGGAGGAGGAGUGAGACUGCUGCAGUGGAGUUUCAGUCUUGUGCAGGCUGGGGAAUCGUAGGCAACCCCAAGGUUGGGGUCUAAGCUAGGAUAACCAGAUGUCCCGAUUUUAUGGGGAUAGUCCCGAUUUUUGGGUCUUUUUCUCAUAUAGGCUCCUAUUACCUCCACCCCCAUCCCGAUUUUUCACAUUUGUUGUCUGGUCACCCCAGUCUAAGCUCCCUACCCCCCAGAAGAACCUGACUGAGGAGUCCUGUUUAUGCCUACAAGCUCUGGUUUGGACUGUGUUCCUGUUGUCUAACAAACCUUCUGUUCUAGUGCCUGGCUGAGAGUCACAGUGAAUCGCAGGAAGCCGGGAGGCACAGGGCCUUGUCUCCCCCACAACUCCAUGACACAAGGUUAUUAAUUGAUUUCAGGAAGAGCUUAAUCUAGAAUGGCACGGGGGCUCUGGAGUCACUCAGGCCUCUGAUGCUGCAGCCAUAACUUGUCAGCUGCUUAAAAAUCUCCCUGGUUGGGGGACACCAUUGGGGAGCCCCAUUAGUACAGGAGCCCUCUCCCCCCUCUGCUGCACGCCUGCCAGAUCUCAAGUGCAGUCAGGGCUGGGCUGGGGCACUUACCUGUCCUACCUCUUAGCCUUUUUCCCCAGUACGGCAGUUCAGGAGGGGGGUGAGAAGGGAGCCUGAUGCUGAAAUGUUGCAAGCAGGGGAAGAAGGAUAGGAGCCCUGGAGUAGGCUAGGGCCAGCCCUAGAUAACACAAAAUAAACUGCCAGUGUCCAGGUUUCCAUGCCACUUACCAAUGCUCGGGGCACCCUCUGGUGGCCAAAAGGCAGGGACAGAGGGGUUUGAAACUUGACUCUCCUCCCCCGGCACCGGCUGCACUGCUCAGAGGGAGGCUCAGUGUGUGGAGAAGCAGGCCCCACAUAUGGCGAAGUGCAAGGGGCACGACAGGAUGAGCCAGGGCCUACCUCAGCAUCCACUGGGCACUGACGAAGAGGCCGUUUUGAGACCAGCUGAGACAUUUGGAAACGUGGGGCCCACUCGUUGGAGCUGUAGCUUGGAAAUCUGGCCCUGAGCUCCCGGGGGAUCUCGUGCAGUCACUUACACCAGGGCCGCAGGAGCCAGACUGGGUGCAGGAAAGUCUGGCUCAGUAAGGCCUAGGCUAGGAUGUGAAGAUGUAAAGGGCCAGCAUCCACAUGCAACCAUUGUGUUUCUGCCUGCCUAGCAGGUCUGCGUAGCACCCAGAGCUGCAGGAGCAGAGCGGUGCCUGGGGUGGUGCAGCAGGGAGCUGGUCUGGAGGCUCUGCAUGCUGAGGAGGUGGCUGGUAAGUGAGUACAGCUUUUCUCUUCAUUCUUAGGGAGUCUCUGCUUCCCACGUCCCAGGCAGGUUGUGGGGGAGGGGAGAGGAGGAAGAAAGGGUAACUUGGGGGGAUGGGAUGAAGGCUUGGGGCAUGGUGGGAUGGACUCAGCAUUCCAAUGGAAAGUAAAACCCCAGAUCCCAGCACCCUGGGGCACGGGGCAUUCAGAACUGAGCAGUGGAGUUGGCACCCUGGCUGUAUGGGUUAAACUGUGGGGCUGUGAUACAAACUGAGCUAAGGGGCUGUCACAAAUUUCUUGCUGCGAGGGUCAGCCCCACCCCAGGGGCUGCAGCACACUGGGUGUCUCAUGGGUCUUUGCUGCUUCCCACCAAGGCAGCUGGCAGAAACAAGCUGCUGGACUCAGGCAAUGUGAACUGGGGUAGCAGGAGGCAAGAUGCCAGCAAGCUAACCCAGGUAGGGCAACUGUCUGCUCCGCAGUGAGACCUGAGCGCAGUGGUUCUGAUCUAGUAUUGCUGGGGUGGGACAAAGGAGUCACUGGACCAGUGGUUUUGAGCUGCUCUGUGGGAAAUCCUCUGUUCCAGAUACUAUCGGAGAGCCUUUCACAUAUGACCUGAAAGGCCAGCCACGCUCACGCCCCAGUGCUGGCUUGCGUGGAAGGAUUUGCCCACAGGUUGGGCUUUGCUCUUCUGUCCAUGUUCAUGGCACAUGCAGCCUGGACCUACAAUACAGCACAAGAGUUACUGGGUAAUCAGGCUGAAAACCCCCAUUCUAGGAUGGCCCUUGGAUGGAGAAACACAGGCCUCCUGAUUUUCCCUAUAAGGUAAUUUACAUCCACUUGCAAGGCUCCUUUGCACUGCCAGAGUGGUGCAAAGGGGACUCAGUGUAAAUAAGUUUUUUCUGGGCAACGUGUGCCAGAUUUCCCAGUGCACUACUCCAGUUUUACACUGGCAUAAUGGUGUUCUGCGGGUGUAAAACUAGAGUAACUUCUUCUCCCCCACAAUAGAACUUUCUUGGCCUGGCAACUUUGGAAUGAUGGGCACUGUUGCAUCAGCCCCAGUUCCGCAAAAAGGACAGCAGAGGAUUCUCUUUGCUCCAAGGAGGUGGAACAUUCUUUUGCAAGAGGCCAGUUGCCCCCGUGUUUCUGAGCUCGGCCCAACGGAAAGGGGGCAGUUAAGAACAGAACAUGGUAACAAUCGAGUCAGGCAGUGAAUGUUUUGACGUCAUAGAGAUUUUGGGGAAAGGCACCUUCGGGGAAGUGGUGAAGAGCUGGCGGAGGACCACGGGGGAGAUGGUGGCUGUCAAAAUUCUGAAGAAUGAUGCCUAUCGGCGCAGGAUCAUUAAAAAUGAACUAAAGCUGCUGCAGACCAUGGCAGGGGUGGACUCAGAGGAGUCACACAUUAUCCAUUUCCACACGUUCUUCCAUGAUGAGAUGAAGUUCUACUUGGUCUUUGAGCUCUUGGAACAAAAUCUAUUUGACUUUCAGAAGGAGAACAAUUUCUCUCCUCUGCCAGUCAAGCACAUCCGGACAGUGACCGCCCAGGUGCUCAAAGCCCUGGCCAAGCUGAAGGAGCUUUCCAUCAUCCACACAGAUCUGAAACCUGAGAACAUAAUGCUGGUUGACCAAAUGAGGUACCCUUUCCGAGUCAAAGUUAUUGACUUUGGGUCAGCCAGCAUCUUCAAUGAGGUGCGCUACGUCAAGGAGCCAUACAUCCAAUCCCGUUUCUACCGGGCACCAGAGAUCUUGCUGGGGCUACCUUUCUGUGAGAAGGUGGACGUGUGGUCUCUGGGCUGCAUUAUGGCAGAGCUGCACUUAGGCUGGCCCCUUUACCCUGGGAACAAUGAGUAUGACCAGAUCAGGUACAUCUGCGAGACCCAAGGGAUGCCUAAGCACAGCCUGCUCAAUGUAGCCAGGAAAGCUCACCACUUCUUCAAGAGAAACCCGCAUGCUGAACUGGUAACCGAGUGGCAGCUGAAAUCCUCAUCCGAGUACUUGGCAGAGACCAAGAUGAAAUCUGUGGAGAGGAGGAAGUAUGUUCUCAAGUCCCUGGAACAGAUGGAGUCGGUGAACAUCCAAAAGAUGAUCUACCCAGACAAUGAAGCCCUGGCUGAGAACUUCGACCUGAGAAGCAUGGUGGAGUUGAUCAAGAGGAUGCUGACCUGGGACUCGCAUGAGAGGAUCACGCCAAGUGCAGCCCUGAAGCACCCUUUUAUCUCCAUGCAGCUGCUUAGACUGAGCUAUGAGCUCACCCAAUACUACCAGCUCUGCCUGCGGGGCUUCCAGGAGUCCAUCAAGUGGGAGAGCAAGGACAAGCAGAAAACGGCCUUUUGCAGUGCCAUGGAAGAGGACACCUUCUACCCGGCACAAGAGUAUUUCAAGGAGAAGGAGGAGGAGCAUGUGCAUGGCAUCUCUGGCCUCUCCAGCGUCCAGAGGACCAUCGACCAGAUGGACGAUCUGAGCAUCGCCGAGUCAGGCAGAGAGACUGCCAUGAACUUGUUAGGGGAAGGUGCCAGGAUGGGAGCGUCUGAGUCCUCCAUUCCUGCUGAAGUGGCCGACAUGACCCUGGGCCACAUGGGAGUUCACAAAGCCACUUACCAGAACCCCCGGUUAAACCACGAGCAGCAUCAGGAGCCAAUCCAGGCCUAUUACGGAAGCCGGCAUGGUAGCUCCAAACACCGCAAGCACCCUCGUCACACCAAGUCUGACCCCACUUUUGGGAACUUGAUCCUACUGGGACAGCAGUCUCCUGGGGAUACCGUCACCUGGGAAAAUGAGAGCAAUGCCGGCAUCUCCCCUGUUGCCUCCUCCCUCCCUGAGCCAAGCAGCCUGGAUGAUCAGAGACAUCCACUUUCUCCCACCACUAAGAGAGCCCAGCUGGAGCUGCCCGACCCCGAGCCGCAGCUGCCUAGCGCCAGCACAUGGCUGAGCGGUGAUGACUGGCUGAUUGAGAGGACCGGGGAGAGAGUCCACAUCAAGAGCACGCUCCACCACACGCAGAACAGGCACCAGCCCUACCUGCAGCACAUCGCGAGCCACCACUGAGCCCGGGGCAGCCCGCAGGAGGGCCAGGCCAGGCAGAGGCACCCCCCCCACCCCUUUGCAGAGUCAUUUGUAGCCAUUAAAUUAUAGACCGUUCCCGCCUCAAUGCCGUUUACUCAUGAAACCCAGCGCUACCUCCCUACUACGGAGCAGUAUGAAACCCGGACUGCCCCGUGGCCGCUGGGCUGGGCUGCGGUGCCAUACCAGGGCAGGAAGUCCAUCCAAGGGACGGCCAAGGCCAGUCCUGCAUGGGAAUAGCAGCCAGCCGGGGGCAUGUGGGCGUCACCCUGGGGCCGGCUCAUUUCUGUCUCAAUAAAUGAUUGAUCAGUGGCAGACAGUUGAAUGUAUAUUGUUAUGGGA